CUCUCUGCUGCCUCUCUGCUCCGUCGCUCUGUUCCCCCCCAGGGCAGCAAAAGUCACAAUAACAGGAAAAGGGAGUCGGCUUGGACCUGAGCGAGCCGCCGGACAGCUGAGCACUUGUUUCUGCCGGAGGACUCGACCACAUCAGAGGACACAGACCUGCUGGAUCCUGACAUCUGGAGCGGCUGGAGCUCAGCUGGAGGCUUCACAUUUACCUGGUUUUGUUCUCUACAUGUCAGAGUGUCUCUGGGAUCCUUCUCGUCUGUCCAGAAAAGGAUUUGUACUGAAGAGAAGUCAGCUGCUGAAAACACCACCAGCCUCUAACUACCUGUUUUAAAUCAGGAGAAACUCCAGCUUCAGUGGAACCUUCAAGGAUUAGUUUUCAUUUCGACACCAGAAGAUCUGAUCAGAACCUCGACUGGAAGCUCUCUCUGUCCGAUGAUGGCGAGGAUCCAGCUGUGGCUCCUGGCCCUUGCUCUGAUCGUGGAGGCAGAGCGGCGAGGCCCGGACGCCAUCGUGAAGAAGGAGUCGCACCCGGUGCUGCUCCGGCAGAAGAGAGAGUGGAUCUGGAACUCGCUGUACGUGGAGGAGGAGAAGCCUGCUCCCAUCGCCUACAAGAUCGGACAGCUGAAGUCAAGCCAGCCGGUGGAGGUGAAGCGGUUCAAGAUCGAAGGCGAAGGAGCCAACACCAUCUUCACCGUGGACCAGAAGGGGGACCUGUUCGUCACCAGGGCUCUGGACCGGGAGGAGAAGAACUUGUACCAUCUGACGGCCCGGAUGUACGACGGGAACAACAAGCUGAUCGAAGACUCCGGACACUUCGUGGUCCAGGUGACCGACCUCAACGACAACAGCCCGGUGUUCUCCCGGCCCUUCAACGGAUCCAUCAUGGAGCGCUCCCCCAUCGGAACUAAGGUGUUGGCGGUGCAGGCGACCGAUGCCGAUGAUCCCACCACGGCUAACGGCGAGCUGCGCUACUCUCUGACCUCAGACGGAGACAUGUCGGCCUUCGAGAUCGACAGCAUCACAGGUAUGAUCAGCUGCAGGAUAAACUCUCUGGACCGGGAGAGCCAGAGCCAGUACGUGGUGGUGGUCCGGGCCCGGGACAUGAGGGGGAUGGCCUCGGGCAGCACGGCCACCACCUCGGUCAGCAUCAAGAUCAACGACCUCAACGACAACAUGGCCUCCUUCACCAAGAAGACGUUCGAGCUGGAGGUUCCUGAGGACCACAAGCUGAACGAGUUGGUGGAAACGCUGCAGCUGGAGGACCGAGACACGGACCAGAACAAGGAGCCCAUCUUCUCCAUCCAGGGAGACAGCAGCAGGAUGUUCAGCCUGGAGCUCAGCCAGGACAAGAACGGAAACCUCAUGCUGAGAAAGCCUCUGGACUUUGAGAAGACCAGCAGCUACACUUUUACCGUCCAGGUGCGAGAAAACCUGCGUUUUCCUGCCGACAACGUGAACAGUGCAGUGACCUCAGCACAGGUGACCGUCAGGGUGUUGGACGUGGACGAGCCUCCAGUCUUCUCUCAGGACAUCUACACCUUCACCGUCAUGGAGGAGCUGAACGUGAACAACAUUGGAACCGUCUCAGCCAGAGACCCGGACAGAGCUGCCAAGAGCAUCCGCUACUCCAUCAUGGACAAGGACUGUCCCAUCACCAUCAACCCUCUGACCGGGCAGCUGUCCACGUCGAGGAGACUGGACCGGGAGCUGGAGGCCACACACAUGUUCCAGGUCAAAGCUCAGGAGGAGCCCAGCGGUUUGGAGUCUUUUGUCAAAGUUAACAUCAUAGUUCAGGACAUGAACGACAACAAGCCCGAACUUUCUGUGGACGAGAUGUUCGUCUGUGAGAACGACGACACGAAUACGGUGAUCGGGACGCUUCGGGCCACAGAUAAAGACGACCGUCCGGCCUCCUUCUCCUUCAGUUUGGAUUCUGAAAGCGCCAACUUCUCCAUCAGGGACUUUGGCAACAACUCAGCGGUCCUCUUGGUGAAACAGGGUCCGUUCAGCCUGGACGACCCCAAAGAAUACAGCGUGGACGUACGGAUCAGCGACGGAGGUCAACCGAUCCAGACCAGCGUCACCAAGAUGGCGAUCAAGUCGUGUCGGUGUGAUGCCAGACGGGCUGCUCUGCAGUGUAAAGUCGGCGCUCCGAGGAUGGGCGUCAGCGUUCAUGCUCUGGUGGCCAUCCUGCUCUGCAUCCUGACCAUACUGGUCAUUGUGAUCCUGUUUGCGAUGAGGAAACGCUACCAGAAGGAUUCUCUGUCCAGCAUGAAGAACAGCGGUGAGAUCCACGAGCAGCUGGUGACGUACGACGAGGAGGGAGGCGGCGAGAUGGACACCAACGGCUACGACGUUUCCAUCCUCAGCUCGGCCUGCAACGACGGCUCGCUGCUGCGCCACCAGAACCAGAACCAGCACCACCCGUCGCUCUACGCUCUGGUGCAGAAGCCCAGCCAGCAGCCGGCCGCCUGCAAGGGCGACAUGGCGGCCAUGAUCGAGGUGAAGAAGGACGAGGCGGACCACGACCGGGACGGCUUCCCCUACGACACGCUGCACAUCUACGGCUAUGAGGGGCCCGAGUCGCUGGCCGGGUCGCUCAGCUCUCUGGACAGCUCUUCCACCGGCUCCAACCUGGACUACGACUUCCUGAGCGACUGGGGGCCGCGGUUCCGAAGCCUGGCCGAGCUGUACGGUGUGGACGGACCCGACUACUACCACCAGUACUGAGGCCGGACGCCGGACACAGAACGAGCCAUAGAGGAGCCUCCAGCCGCAGAAACCAGAACAUCAGCUCUGCUACUACUGUCCAGCAUCAUGUGAGACCAUCAGAACUUCAGUCCAAACCUGGAGGCUCCACCGAGUCCAAACCCGGAGGCUCGUUUUAUGGACAUCGUGAGGUUUUGUUAAGUAACUCCAGGAGAAGCUGCCUUCAUCAGGAGACUGAUGAGUGAAGCAGCUCGAUGAGUCGUGAGUUUAACUGUGUUUUACCUGCAGAGAUCAGAACCAGGUGAAGCUCCAGAACUCAGUCCGGUUGUCGUAGACGGGUCAAUUACUGAUUCACAUUAUUUCUGUUCCUCUCUCAGAUCUCAGAUGCAGACAAUUAGCAAAUGAUUAUUUUCCAGCAGCGACUGUUUUUUCACAAAACAUUGCAGGUCAAAGUUUAUCCAUUAACUCGUCUUUUAGUUUCAGAUCAACCCUCUGAACUCCAACUAGUAGUUUAUUUACUCCUGGUUCAUUUUAACUCACCGAGCUUCGUGUUCCUUCACUGGGGUUCAUGUUUCUCUGCAACAUAAAGUCCUGCAGCUCCAGAACAACAUGAAGAAGGAGAGAGAACUCAGAGAUG